GUGUUUCAGACCAUGCAUUGUUUAGAGGAAGCGCUGGUGCGCGACGCGUCUCUGGGUCGCUGCGUGUAACACAGGUCGCGCCAAUGAGGAGGAAUGGACAGAGAAGCGGGCAGAGGAGACAGGGUGGUCUCCGGCAGAACGGAACCGGGAGAAGCUGAGGAGGCUCUGCGCCAGUGCCAGCUCAUCCAGAACCUGGUGGACAUCUCCACCUCCAGCCUGCAGGCUCUCAGGACCAGAUGCGCCGCAAGCAACGACCUCACCCGGCAGGAGAUCCGCACGUUAGAGGUGAAGCUGACCAAGUACAUGUGGACACAGCUGCAGUGGAAGCGGAGGGUACCAGAGAGGGAGAGACCUGAAGCUCUGACUGGAUACCCGAGACUGGAGAACUGGCUCCUAACCGCUGACCUCACACCACAGUUCAUACAGGCUGCAGCAGGGAAGCUCUCAGUGGACAGGUUGCUGCAGAUGUCCAGCUCUGAGCUGCAGGACACAAUGAGACGCCUGGGCUCCAACUCAGAGGACUGCUCUCGCCUCACUGCCGCCCUCUCCUGUCUAAAGAGUGCCGAUGAAACAGGAGGCGACCUGAGGCCUGAUUCAGGCACUUCUGGUAGCUCUUCCAUCCCAGUACAACCCACCAGCACCCACAGCGCCUCCAUCUCCAUAUCAGUGGUACCUUGUUCAGAUGACCAGAGACCAUACGCGUCAGCUGACGAAAUGACUGACGUCUUCGCCCUGGAGCCGAGCAGCCCUCCAGCCACCCAGGCCUCAAAGAUGCGCACCUCCAAGCCCUCCCACACGCCGCCGCCACCUUCUCGCAAGCUGCUGCAGCUCCUCCCCAACAUUGCACUGACGAGAAGCAAGAGUCAUGAGUCACAGCUGGCCAACCGCAUUGAGGAGCCUGCUACACACAAGACCUGUAAGAAGAACAAAGUGCUGGCCGCUAUUCAGAUCAACGGCUGCGGGACCAGUCUCGAGGACUCAGCUCUGCGGUCGCCGCUGCCGUCUGCCCGAGCACACGGCCCUGUCCCGGCCUCAGCCCCAUAUAUGAUGCCUGCCACCCCGACCCUGCUGGACAGUAUGACCAUACACAGAAGUUCCCCUCAGACAAUGAGGAGAGACAUUGGCCUGGCAAUAACACACAGGUUUUCAACAAAGUCUUGGCUCUCCCAGGUGUGCCAGGUGUGUCACAAGAGCAUGAUGUUUGGUGUAAAGUGCAAACAUUGCAAGUUAAAGUGCCACAACAAAUGUACCAAAGAUGCUCCCUCGUGUCGGAUAUCAUUUCUCACAACACCAAGGAUGCGCAGGGCAGAAUCAGUGCCAUCAGAUAUCAAUAAUCGGAUUGAUCACACAGCAGAGAUCCCACCGCAGUAUGGCACUUUACCAAAGGCAAUAACCAAAAGGGAGCCUCCCCCCACUUUAAACCAGCUGGAUUCCAGCAGUAACCCAUCAUCAGCCACCUCCUCCACACCUUCCUCCCCAGCACAUUUCCAGCAGAGUAACCCCCCAAGUGUCAGCACCACCCCCCCACCCAACGCUUCACCGCGGGGCUCCCGCGACAACCGCUUCCACUUCCCAGAUGUUUCUGCUUCCACAUGUGCUGCUGUUCAACAUUCUGCCAACCACUAUGAGUCUGGAGUGUCACAGGUGGUCGACACUGAGACACAGCUACCAGCCACAGAACAGGGAGGGGAGGAGGAGGAGGAGGCAGAGGAAGAUUACCCAGCUGAGGAAGCUGCUGACCAUGGCAGCAGUAAAAACAGCUUUCAGGCUGAGGAGUGGGAUGAGGAUGGGCUUGAGGACCUGCCUUCUUCCAUAUGCCGUCGUGGAGCCGUUGGCCGCUGGAGGGGCAACAUCUCACGUAAAGCCAGCCAGACCAGCGUCUACCUGCAGGAGUGGGACAUCCCGUACGAGCAGCUGCAGCUGGGAGAGCUUAUUGGCAAGGGUCGCUGGGGGAAGGUGCAUAAGGGUCGCUGGCACGGUGAAGUGGCCAUUCGCCUACUGGAGAUUGACGGCAACAACCAGGAUCACCUGAAGGUCUUCAAGAAGGAGAUGAUGAACUACAGGCAGACCAGGCACGAGAAUGUCGUCCUGUUCAUGGGAGCCUGCAUGGCUCCGCCCCACCUCGCCAUCAUCACCAGCUUCUGUAAAGGUUUGACUCUGUACUCUGUUGUAAGAGAAAGAGGUCACAUGUUAGACAUCAACAAAACCAGGCAGAUCGCACAGGAGAUUGUAAAGGGAAUGGGUUAUCUUCAUGCCAAAGGCAUCAUUCACAAGGAUCUGAAGUCUAAGAACGUGUUCUAUGACACCAACAAGGUGGUGAUUACAGACUUUGGCCUGUUUGGGAUGUCUGGAGUGGUACAAGAAGGCAGAAAAAAGAACGUGUUGCGGAUACCCCAGGGCUGGAUCCACUAUCUGGCUCCAGAGAUUGUUCGAAAGAUGAGCCCAGAGGUUGAUGAGGACCAGCUGCCUUUCUCCAAAGCUGCUGAUGUUUAUGCAUUUGGCACAGUCUGGUAUGAGCUGCAGGUGGGAGACUGGCCAAUCACCGACCAGCCCGUGGAAGCUAAAAUCUGGCUGAUUGGCAGCAAUGAGGGCAUUAAGAAGGUGCUGUCAGAUGCCAACCUGGGCAAGGAAGUCACGGAGAUCCUGUCUGCCUGCUGGUCCUCUAAGGCAGAAGACAGGCCCACUUUCACCCAGCUGGCAGGCAUGCUGGAGAGACUUCCCAAACUGAACCGCAGGCUGUCUCAUCCUGGACAUUUCUGGAAGACACCUGAGUUGUGGGAUCAUCAUCACUGUCUGAGAGAUCACUGCCAUCAGGGCCUGCUCGCACACUGUCCAUACAUGUACAAAUACAGCAGCUGAGACGCAAACUUCAUUUGGAUUUUAAUCUUUAUAUUGGAUUGAGCAAAUACUUACAAUGUUAUUAAGAGAAGAGUUUGAGUUUUCUCUGUGUUCUUAUCUGGAGCUGAUUUCACCUGGUGUUGACAUGUGAUCUGGAUCUGUUAUUGAUAAGGACUCUUGUUAUCUUUAUUCUGCCCACACUGCGAUCAAACCUCAAUACACAAGUUUGAUAGACAGAGCUUGCAUUAGUGUGAGUUUCUCCAGACACAGACCACAUGUUAAUACAAAGUGUAAAUGGCAUCUGAAGCCAGUGUCUGACUUUAGCUGGUGCUCUCAGCGACAGACUUUGCCUUUGGGGUGAGGGCUAACUAACUUAACCUUGCCAAAUUCAAAUUUACUUUAUUGGCAGGACCGUCAUUAUGUACAAUAUUGGCAAAGCAUAUUGUAAAAGGUUGUAAGCAUGAUAAUUCAGAAUCAAAGGGAAAAAAGACAAUGAUGAAUAAAUGUGUCAGAUACUAAACAGUCAAUCAUCUUAUAGCCAACGUUCACCGCAUCUGCUCAGCUCCUAUUAUCACUUCUACCUAUAGCUGUCUCUUUACUGGAUUACAGAAAAAAAUCUGAAUUUAGUGACAUUGUCAGAGGUUAUAGACAAAAAUGCAGGUUGAUGGCAGAAGCUGGACAGAGCAUCAGUUACCACAUCUGAAUGAGAUGCUGUAGUUAUGCAUGUAAAACACCAAAAAUGUGGGCAAAACAAUUCUAAACUGUACUGUUAAUGUGUUUGAUGAGGAACCAGGGCAGUGUAUUGCUACCACUGCAACAACAUUUUGCUCAGUCUCUUGUUUUAACAUCCAAUGUUUUGCAGAGUUUUUGCAAAGAAGAGGCAGACAACCUCUGAAAUGUUUCCAGUGGACACUGACUCAGCUGGAUGCUGUGUAUAUGUGUCUAUUCUGCAUUAGUAAAGCAGAACCCAUCUAAACUACUGCCCACUGAAACAAUAUGAGUUUAAUCUCUUCUCAAUUUCUUCUUCUUAGUUGUUGCACUUCAGUGCCAACUGGUUCCUUACACUUUCUAACCACUAAUUCUCGAAGCUUCUCUUUCAAUAUGAAUAUUGAAAGAGAAGCUUCUUCCUGUUUGAGUUUUGCUCAUAGCUGGAAGGCUUCCGAUGUUACUGCUACGGCUACUCCUGUUAUUAUUGUAAGUGAAGAGGUAAAAUAACAUUGAUUUCAGGGUUGCCAAAAGUUAAUAUCUACAGGGUUGGUCCGCCCAAUUUGCUAAACUGCAUUAUAUUGUCAUUUAACUUAAGUACCAUCUCUCCAUGCAGAUUUGUUUUAUUACUCCAGGGUUUGAGUUACUGCAUCUAUCUCUAAGAUUUCUGCAGUACAGUUUCACUGCACAGAAAUUUGACAGAAAAUGACAAAGGAACGAACAGUGUCCUUAUUAGUUUGGAUCACAGAACACAUUGUGGACAGUUCGGAUUUGACUGGAACUAGUUCCUGUGAAAAUGGUUGACAGGAAAGCAACACUAUCAACACUGGUAACAUGUGGCUCAGGGAGUGGCAGUGUCAUGUGACCUGUCGCUCCACCACUUUGGUCCAUAUUAGAAUAUCUCGACUACUGUAUGGAUUGCUAUGAAGUGUGGCUCAGACAUUCAUGGCCGGUUUAUAAACUGUCAUGCUCUGAUUAUCAGUGUACAUAUCAGGUGACCUCCUGUGGGCUUCUUACCAGAAUGGUGAGACACUGCCUUUACACUGUACUGCAGUAAUUCUUGACACUAUGCAGCAUGAAACAGCCACUCAUAUUCAGGCAUUGAUGAAAAGCUGCUGCUGCUAAACCACUGAAUCUUGGGGCAGCUUCAGCUUUGCGUUGCUGUAAGAAACAGAUACAACUGUCACGGCAUCCUGUUUCGAUCGAUCAGGCAUCAUUAGCAGGUCAAAUGGAAAACCACUGAGUGAAACCUCUCACAGUGAGAUUUCAGGAGAAAUACAAGUGAACCCUAUUUGUUUUGCCUAUUUGUUCAGUCUUACUUUGACUCCUAGCAGGAGAAAACAAUGGUUUUGUCAAAGUACAAAGACAUGCGUGAUACUGCCACAGGUGUGUGUCUUUCCUGUGUGAAAUCGAUUCAGUGAACAGGAUGUGGUUAUUCUGUGUGUGGAAUACAACAUACACUUACCGAAUACGUCUGAAUGUUAUGGGCUUCACAAUGUGCAGUGGAACCCAAUUGAACAUGAUCAAACAGUGACCUAAUGCAUAUAUGUAUAUAAUGUGCUGGAGGUGUAUUUAAUAUACAGUGCUCAUGUUUGUACAAGUUUUGAUUUUAAUUGGUACUUCAUUCAUAUUUAUGUAUAGAGUUUAGACUCUGUAGAAACUGUCGGUUGAUUGGUGUUUUUUUUUGUUUUUUUUUUUGUCUUUUCUGUUUUUGAGGGAGGGGUGGGUUCAUCUGUAGAGUAUUUUUGUACAGGAUUUGUUGAUACUUUAGAAACUUCUGUUCUGAACAACUGCGGACAUUAAAGCUGAUCUCGAAAUA